CUGACGUCAUCAACCCGUGUGUCAUCUUGAGCAACAUUAUAACCGCGGUACAUAACACAGAGAUUUUGGUUAUGUUGGGCAAAUACCGCAAUUUUUCAGUGAUAACUAUGACAUAACAGCUGAUUGCUGACGUCACGGAUCUUAUAACCAAACCAUAACCACACUCGCUUGAACGGUGCUGUACCUAAAUAUAAAUACCAUUUUCAUUUGGUUAUUCGCUUGAAUUUGAUUUAUUGUUAUGUUUUGUGGGUUGAGUGUUGUUGUUUUUAAAUGUGCUUUUUGAAUAUGUAGCAAAGGUAGUUUCUUAGAUUUGAGGUCUUCGAGUAAAUAAUCUGCGAUAGAAUUAUUUUAUUAUUCUUUAUAUAUUAUAUAUCCUGAAAUGAAAACUGAAUAUUCAAUAGGUCCUUUAGAGGAACUAGAUAGCAAGAGGAGCAUGAAUUCCAGUUCAACAUGUUAAAAUGUCAAAGAUGGGAUGGAGUUAACCAAGUGAAAAUGGAGAAUCAGUUAGUAGUUGGGGUUAAAUCUGAAAAACCAGAGGCAGAACGAACUGUGAACAACACAAAGUUAGAAAAUAUGGACACUUUGACAGUAACUCAAGAGUUUGACAUCAAAUAUGAAUGCGAAGAUGCCAUAUCUGAUAGGUGGGCCUAAUUUUGUUUUGGAUCUAUGCAAUUCAAAAAAUACCUUAGAAACAAAUCAGUCAUCUAUACAGGGCAUUCAUGAAAAUUUUUUUCCCAUACUUAAUUUUCGAACAUGUCAACUUAGUAGAAGUUUGGAGAGAUGAAAUUAAUGGACAAGUAUCAUAGAAUUAAAGUUGAAGAGAAAUUAGAGCCUGGACUUGAAGCCGAUUCAGCAGCAGAUAUGGUUAACCAAAUGAAAAUGGAGUUCCAAGAAUCUGAAAAGCUGGAAGGAAAACCAGAUUUAAGGAGCACAAAAGUUGAAAGUAUGGAUGCGUUAGAGCUACAUGACGAAUUUGACAUCAAGACUGAGUGUAACCAAGGUGACAGGCAUGAUUCAGCGUCCGAUAGCACACCAAUAAAGAAAACGAGAGAAAAGGAACUAGGAAAUCCACCUACCGAAGGAGGGAAAAAGUCGUUCAGCUGCCAUAUUUGUAACUAUACGAGCCAUUGUAAAAAAGAUUUAAUCGGUCAUAUCAAAAGGAACAAUUGCUAUUUAGGAUCUAGUUUGGGAAAACAGUAUCUUUGUAUCAAAUGUAAUAAGGUGUUCAAAAGCAAAACAUCACUAGAUAAUCAUUUGGUUAAAAAUCACGUAGGAUCUAUUGCGUCGGUUUGUGAUUUUAAAACCGCUUAUAAAGGGGAUAUAACCAGGCAUAUGCUAAAGCAUACUACUAAACUACGCAUAUGCAAACAUUGUAAUACAUCAUUUAAAACAGAACGAUCGCUUUUUGCCCAUAUUUUAAAGAGACAUCCCAACUUUAGUGGGACAAUAUCUAGUAAGAUAUAUGAAUGUAUGCAUUGUGCACAUAAACAAAUAGCUAGGAGUAGUUUUAUAAAGCACCUGGCAAAACAUGGUAAUCAAAGGACUUUCAAGUGUAUAAACUGUGAUGCUUCAUUUAAUAAUGAACGACGAUUAGAAAGUCAUACUUUACAAAAACAUCCUAAAAUACGUGAAUGUGUACAUUGUGAAUAUAAAACUGCUACUGGAUCUAAGCGCAAGUGUACAAAGUGUGAUAAAUCAUUUACAUACACACAAACAUUAGACAACCAUAUUUUACAGAAACAUCCUGAGCUUACUGCUUCUGUAUCUAGUAAGAUACACGCGUGCACACAUUGUGAAUAUAAAACUACACUUACACACUGCUUAGUUACGCAUAUGAUGAAACAUACUGGAGCUAAGCUCAAGUGUACAAAGUGUGAUGCGUCAUUUGUAACCACAAAAUCAUUAAACAACCACAUUUUGCGGAAACAUCCUGAGCUUACUACUUCUAUAUCUCGUAAGAUACACGAAUGCACACAUUGUGAAUAUAAAACGACAUAUAAGGAAAAUUUAGCUAGUCAUAUGAUGAAACAUACUGGAGCUAAGCUCAAGUGUACAAAGUGUGAUAAGUCGUUUACAUACACACAAUCAUUAGACGAUCACAUUUUGCGAAAACAUCCUGAUCUUACUGCUUCUGUAUCUCGUAAGAUACAUAAAUGUACACAUUGUGAAUAUAAAUCUCUACAAAAGCGGAAAUUCAUCAGACAUAUGAUGAAACAUACUGAAGCUAACCUCAAGUGUACAAAGUGUGAUAUGUCAUUUACAACCACAAAAUCAUUAGACAACCACAUUUUGCGGAAACAUCCUGAGUUUAUAACUUCUGUAUCUCGUAAGAUACAUAAAUGUACACAUUGUGAAUAUAAAACAACAUAUAAGGCGAUUUUAGUUAGGCAUAUGAUGAACCAUACUGGAGCCGAGUUCACGUGUACAAAAUGUGAUGCGUCAUUUACAAAUCAACUAGGGUUAGACAACCACAUUUUGCGGGAACAUCCUGAGAUUGCUACUUCUGUAUCUUGUAAGAUACAUAAAUGUACACAUUGUGAAUAUAAAACUACAUAUGCGUUUUAUUUAGCUAAUCAUAUGAUGAAACAUACUGGUGCUAAGCUCAAGUGUACAAAGUGUGAUGUGUCAUUUAGAAGGAAACAAUGUUUAGACAACCAUAUUUUGCAGAAGCAUCCUGCAUUUACGUCAUCCGUAUCUUGUAAGAUACACGAAUGUACACAUUGUGAAUAUAAAACUACAUAUCCACAUUGCUUAGCUAGGCAUAUGCUGAAACAUACUCAAGUGUAUAAAGUGUGAUCCGUCAUGUACAAGCAAACGAUGGUUAGACAACCACAUUUUGCGGAAUGAUCAUGAGUUUACUACUUCUUUAUCUCAUAAGAUACAUAAAUGUUACACAUUGUGAAUAUAGAACAUCACAGAAAUAAACUAACUAACCAUACGAGGAAAUAUACAGUCAUAGUUAGUGUUCUUUUUAUUCCUUUGUGGUAAUGCGUGCCUUUGUAGGCAAAUUAACUUUUCAAUUUAAAGUGUUGGAAUUUAAGAAAUGUCAUAAUGACAAUUCAAAGGAAAUAGUUACACUAAUACCCUUUUCAAAUCCAGCCCAGCAGAGGUUACUACACUGAUUUGGUGAAACCUUAUCUAGCGGAUGCGAUCUUGCUACUCUGCUACCCAACCAAUUUUCUGUCUGUCACAUUUUCUCAGAUAUACUCUGCAUUCUGCCACCAUCAAAGCAUGCUGGCGAAGUUGCAGCAUGGUCGUUGAGUUGUACCUUCACAGGUGCCGAUAUGAGUAACACUCACAGCACCAUGUCAAGUCCACUUGUAGUAUGCACUUUCAACUUGACUACAGACUGAUAUUUUGGAAAGAAAGAAAUCGUAUAUUUGCUCCUUUUGCCUAGUCGUAAUUCGUUGAACACAUGCAGAUCUGUGAUCCACACUUAAUUCUAAAUGGAAAAAAUACUUAAACGAAUAUAAUUUUAUUCAUUAGCCUUUAUCUAUGUAUGCUGGAGAGCAUAACUAUAGCCCCACCAACAACACUCGUUUUUUCUCUAGUUGGUUUAAAUGUAAUUUUAUAUAUAUAU